GGAGAGGAGGAGCCGCCACAGCCUGCGCUUAACCCGAGACACCUGCUGCCCUGCCACCCCCUGCCUCAUACCUGCCAUCCCUGCUAUUCCCCUGCCUCAUCCUCUGCAUCCCUGCCAUCUUCCCGCUCAGCUCUGCCAUUACCUGACUGGGCUCAGCCAUCCCCGUGCCUCAGCCCCGCCAUCCCCGCCAACCCCCUACCUCAGCCCCUCAUCCUUGCCAUCCCCCUGCCUCAGCCCCACCACAGUGACUGACAGGGUUGAGUGACAGGUGCCGGGCCCGCCCUCUGUCACAGUGACGGACAGGGGUGAGUGACGGGAGCUGGACCCUGUCCUCUGUCAGUGACUGACAGGCGGGGUGACUGGAACCCGGGGUCGUCAUUUGCAGGAUUCGAAAUUUCUUCCUUGCAUGAUGGGAGCGGGGGAAGUUUAUGCUCUAACACCCCUGCAGGUGGUCGCUACGGCGCUGAGCAACCUACACAAAGCGCAUGUGCAACCUCCUCGGAGGGCCACACAGUAGGUGUGUGAUUGGAGAGCUGCGAUCCCCACUGCCCCUGUGCCCGGAGAGAUCACGACAGCGCCUGCCCGUCCACCCAGUUGUGGGAACGGCCUUCGGGAUUGGCAGCACGCAUGCACCUGGCGUCUGGGUUUCCCUCUAUCUUCCACGUCUUUCUCGGUGACUCUGAGGCCCCGAAGUGGUUCCAGGCGGCUCGGUGGCCCCGUGCCCCUCGGGCGAUCGUGACAGAGACUCCGGGGCCAUUCUGCUCCAGACAGCGCAGUGUGAUGACCUGAGUUCAUGGUGUCGCUCUUGUGACACAGCGAACACCUGAGUCUAACGACUCGUAUGCCCUAUCGUUUUCGCUGCGGCUGGUGACAGUAUCCCCACGUGCCCCGUUCACCUGCACGGCUGCCUGGCUGUGGUCCCAGCCAGGGUGCAGAUGGUGCCUUUCGGCACGUUUUGAAGCUGCAGCCCGAGGCAGUAAGCGCCGCCGGUUUGUUGUGGUCACGUUUGCUGAAGUCUCCGGGCGCCAAGAUCAAUCCAUGGGUUUGUAUUGAAACCGCGGACGCGUGGCAAUAACUGUGCGCCAGCGUCUACCCGCGCUGCAGGUCUGAAGUCGCGGCCUGUGCGGAUCAGCACCGGCUACUUGGCCCUCCCCUCUGUUAUGGUUGCUGCUCGUGACACUAUCGCUCUGCGCCCAGUCUGUCUAUACGGCAGGCUGUGGCCGUUUUGAAGCCCGGCAGCCUCGUCCGUCCGUCGUCUGUCCGUCCGUCCGUCCGCGGAUCGUAGGUUCGUCCAUUGGUCUGUCCUGCCCCGCCGCUGCCAUGCCACCCGGGAAGCCACUGCAGCCCCGGCUGCAGAUGAAAGUGGAUGAGCUCUUCCUGUGCAGGCUCAGUAAGACCGACCGCCAGCCCGCGCUGCACAACGGCCUGCCCCACAUCCAGGGGGAGAACUCGGACCCCGCGACCUCUGAUCCGGUCUGUCGUAAACCUGUGAUACCCCAACCUUUGAGCCCCAACCCCGAGACCCUUAACCCCUCCAACCGUGUCCCAGUGUCACCCGAACCCUCCAGGCAGGACACCACAACACUCCACUGUGCAACCUCUGACCCUGCGACCCCUGACCCCAUCUGCACGCUGCCUGUCGGAGCCCCUACCUGCGCCCGAUCAGCGCCAGGCCUGCAAAGGACUGUAGGAUCUAGAGUGGAUGCAGUGACUUAUGAUGAUGUGCAUGUGAAGUUCACUGGGGAAGAAUGGAAUUUGCUGGAUCCUUCCCAGAAGAGUCUCUACAAAGAUGUAAUGCUGGAGACCUACUGGAACCUCACUGCUAUAGGCUACAAUUGGGAAGACCAUCAUAUUGAAGAACAAUAUCAAAGUUCUAGACAUCAUGAAAGGCAUGUAAGAAGUCAUAAUGGAGAGAAACCCUAUGAAAUUAAUCAAUGUGCUAAAGCCUUUGCAAGACCCAGUCAUCUCCAAUAUCAUAGAGUACAUAUUGGAGAGAAACCUUAUGAAUGUAAUCAAUGUGGUAAAUCAUUUUCACGUCAGAGUAGUCUCCAAAACCAUAAAAGAACACAUGCUGGGGAGAAACCUUAUGAAUGCAAUCAAUGUGGUAAAGCCUAUUCACAAAAACAAAGGAGUAUUACCUCAUAA